CGGGCUGGGCUGAGAGCAGUGUUCUGCCAUGGGUUCCUGGCAGCGUGUGCUGCUUUUUGGUGGGGUAUCUUUUCGAGGUGGUGGAAGGGCCUGUGCCCCACUUGGGAGUAGCCGAGUGUUGGCUUGUCGGCGCCAGUUAUCUGGCGCUGAGAAUGAGACCCUAAAACAAAGAAGAACAGAAAUUAUGUCCCGAGGACUUCCAAAGCAGAAACCUAUUGAAGGUGUUAAACAAGUUAUAGUUGUGGCUUCUGGAAAGGGUGGAGUUGGAAAGUCUACUACAGCAGUGAACCUUGCACUUGCACUAGCAGCAAAUGAUUCGUCAAAGGCGAUUGGUUUGUUAGAUGUGGAUGUGUAUGGACCGUCGAUUCCAAAGAUGAUGAAUCUGAAAGGAAAUCCAGAAUUAUCACAGAGAAACCUAAUGAGGCCUCUUUUGAAUUAUGGUAUUGCUUGUAUGUCUAUGGGCUUCCUGGUUGAAGAGACUGCACCAGUUGUUUGGAGAGGCCUUAUGGUAAUGUCAGCCAUUGAGAAACUGUUGAGGCAGGUAGAUUGGGGCCAACUGGACUAUUUAGUUGUUGACAUGCCACCAGGAACUGGAGAUGUGCAGUUAUCGGUCUCACAGAAUGUUCCCAUUUCAGGUGCUGUGAUUGUCUCCACGCCUCAGGACAUUGCACUGAUGGAUGCACACAAGGGUGCUGAGAUGUUUCGAAAAGUCCAUGUGCCUGUUUUGGGCCUUGUUCAAAAUAUGAGUGUUUUUCAGUGUCCAAAAUGUAAACACAGAACUCAUAUUUUUGGUGCUGAUGGUGCAAGGAAACUAGCACGCGUCCUUGAUCUUGAUGUUCUAGGAGACAUUCCCCUACAUCUUAAUAUAAGGGAAGCUUCAGACACAGGCCAGCCAAUUGUAUUUUCACAGCCUGAAAGUGAUGAGGCCAAAGCUUACCUGAGAGUGGCUGUAGAAGUGGUGAGAAGAUUGCCACCGCCUCUGCAGUGAUUCCCCAGUGUCCUGCAGACUUACCUGCUGCAUGGCAACAGGAAGACCUUUGGAAAUCAGCAGUGGGGUGGUAAAACCUACAGAAAUAAUAGCAAUCAUAGUUGUUUUGUUGUAUUUCUAAGGAAAUAAUGUCUUAUUUUCAGAUUUGAUUUGCUAAGCAAUGACUCACAAAUAAAGUUUUUACCUAUCAAUGCUAACUGCUACAUUUAGGAGGUUUUUGAAAGCUGAUGUGUACCUACUGCACAGAACUGCAUUUUAUUUUAUUGAACUACCCUUUGAAGAAUCAUUAGUUUAUAUUGGAAGCCCAACUUUCAUUUCAGCAGAGAAAUGUACUCUUUUUGCAGAACUACAGAGCUAUUCAUUUAAAGAAUUUACUAAAUUUGUGUAAGAACGUAAGUGUGAUGCCCCUCCAUCAGGCAAUUUGGAGCUGGGGUUUGAAUCCUGCCUCUGAUACUAUUCUGAACACAUUCUUAACAUAAACUAAACCUGUGUCCCUUAUCUGGACCAGACUCCACCCUAGACUUAAUGAAUCUGAAUCUCUGGAGAUAGAGUCUGGACAUGUAUGUUUUUAACAAGGUCCUAAUGAUGUGGAUAAAUCUUAGGAUGGCAAUAAUAGUAAUAAGAGCUAACAUUUAUCAAGUGUUUUCUUGUGUCCUUAUAGUUAAUCUUCCAAUUGUAUGAGUGGGGUGCUGUUGCUAUCUUCAUUUUACAGAUGAGAAAACUGAGUUAUAGGCAAGUUAAGUGUCUUACUGAGCGAGGGUUACUAUUUUAGCAAGAUGGAGCUAGGCUUUAAACCUGGGCAGUUGGAUACUGGAUCCCUCCUUUUGUACAACAGGGGGCAUUUGUUUAUGUCAAAAGGGGGAUAUAGUAUUCAGCAUUUUAUCUCAAACUUGACCAUGAAACUCCCUAUCCCUACCCCCACCUUUUAGAAGGAGUUCAUUUUCAAAGAAUAUACUUUGAAAAACAUAUCUUACCUAGUUGAGGCUCGGAGAGAGGGGGGUGUCCUUAGGUCACGUAGCAAGAUAGUUGUGAGGCUGCAAAUACUGAUGAAUCAUUAGUUAACCCUCAUACACAUAAGUGCUCUAUGACCUUUGGCAACUGCCUUGACAUCCUUUGCUCUAUAGUUAAGCAGCCAGAAAAUUAGGCAAAGAGUUACAUGUCAUUCUAAACAUGUUUUCCCACACUUAUGUUCACAUGGUUAUUUAUAGCAGUUUUAUUUGUAAUAGACAAAACAAUGCAGAGUUUUUUUAGUGGGUAAAUGGUUAAACAAACUGUGAUAUAUCCAUACUGUGGAAUACUACUCAGCAAUAAGAAAGAACAAGCUUGGAUAUGUGCUACAACCUGAAUAAAUUCCAGAGAAUUAUAGUGAAUAAAAAAGUGAAUCCCAAAAAGUUAAUGUAUCAUGAUUCCAUUAUAUAACAUUCUUGAAAUGACAAAAUUGUAGAAAUGGAGAACAAAUUAGUGGUUUCCGGGGGCUACGGAAGGGGUUGGGUAGUUGGGGAUUGUGUGUGUCUAUAAAAGGGCAACAGCGGGGAUCCUCAUGACGAGGUAAAGACUGUAUCGGCGUCAGUACCUUGGUUGUGGUGUGUUCUGUAGUUUUGCAAGAUGUGCCAUUAGAGGAAAUUGGGUAAAGGGCACAAUGGAAUGAAACUCUCUGUAUUAAUUUUUUAUAAUUGUAUGUGAAUCCACAAUUAUUUAAAAAUAAAAAUGAAGUUUAAUAAAAAUAAA